AUGGCUUCCGGCUACGAUCGUGCUCUUUCCGUCUUCAGCCCCGAUGGCCACGUGUUCCAAGUCGAAUAUGCCCUGGAAGCAGUCAAGCGAGGAACCUGUGCGGUCGGAGUGAAAGGAAAAGACAUUGUAGUCUUGGGCUGCGAAAAGAGAUCGGCCAUGAAGCUACAGGACACACGAAUCACACCCUCCAAGAUUGGUCUUAUUGACACCCACGUCUGCCUUGCUUUCGCCGGACUCAACGCCGAUGCCCGGAUAUUAAUCGACAAAGCCAGAGUCGAGGCGCAGUCUCAUCGGCUCACGGUGGAAGACCCUGUUACGAUUGAAUACAUUACGAAAUAUGUGGCCGGCGUGCAGCAACGAUUUACUCAGAGCGGUGGUGUCAGGCCGUUUGGCAUCAGCACCCUGAUCAUCGGGUUCGACAAGGGCGAUAAGGAGCCUAAGUUGUACCAAACAGAACCCUCAGGCAUCUAUUCUGCUUGGAAAGCAAAUGCGAUCGGCCGGUCCAGCAAAACUGUGCGCGAAUUUCUCGAGCGAAAUCAUAAAGAUGACAUGGACCGAGAGGCGACCAUUUCGUUGACCGUCAAAUCACUCCUAGAAGUCGUGCAAACAGGUGCCAAGAACAUUGAGAUUGCGAUCAUGGCUCCAGGCAAAACAAUUGAGAUGCUGCCAUCCGAACAGAUUGAACAGUAUGUCAAGACCAUCGAGGCGGAGAAGCAAGAAGAACAGGCGAAAAAGAAGCCCGGGACGAGAGCGUCAGGAUCGGCAACCUCGUCCCUACCAACCCGGCCGCUAGCUGAGGGUGAGGGUGGAGGAGAUGAAUAA